UUCUAUCGUUUGAAAGCACGUGUUACAUUUGUGCCAAUGCAGAAAACAGCUUUAUGGUACUCGUAUCAAAAUGAAGAGAACAACACAGAAUUCGAUUCCACCCGAGAAAAAGCAAAAUUUUUUUCUGCAAAAAGUAUCAUUUGAUUUACAACUAUACAGAUGUCCUCUGUAGAACUUCUUCAUCCUAGUCAAAAUGAGUGGGCAAUCAAAAGGUACCAUUGAGUUAUAGCUGAACAUCUGGUAAUUCUGCAAAGAUCUUCAAUUGAAUUUUCGCAUCCACAUUACUUGCUGAUCACUGAAAGACAUUCUUGAUUUCGAAAGAUCCCAUUACCCAAAAGAAAUCCUAAUACUCAUAAAUUUUCAAAAUAGUGUUGGUUGCUAGUUGAUUAGAGAUUCAACAAAUUCAAGACGGUGGAGGCAUUGAACAAACAGGUUCUGCUAAACAUACAUCAGACUAGGAUGAACAUCUUGAGGUGAAAACUGUUGUGUUUUAAUUUCUGUGAAUCUCAAAGAGUUUUUCAGUUAGCUUUACAUUUUCUUUCAUUUGGGAGCAAAAAAGGUAGCCAAGUCACUGGUUGUAGGGUUUCCUACGAAAGCAUUUUACUUCGAUGACAAACGUUAUCGAAUGAGUGAAAAAAUGUUGCCACACCAGUUUUAUUCGCACACAUCUUUCGUUGAAGCCCCAAAGAUCUACUCACGAAAUGCCACGUUUUUUCACAAUGAAGCCGGCCGAAGCACGGAUUCCCGUCCGGUGAUGACUUCAUCCCAUAGCGAUGCUGUUGUGUCGGCAGAGCCUAAGAAUAACAAUUAUUAUUACGUCGUAACUUUGAGACAUAUGAAGACCCCAGCACCUGAACAAUUGGAGGUUAUGGGUGGUUGAGGAUCAGUUUCCAUCUCGUCCGGGUACAGUCGGCGAUGCGCUCUUCUUGGUGAUUGAACAAGGAAAACAAGUCUGCUUCAAACAUACUUUAUUCCGCUAUCAAGAUAGCUCGUGGAGCUGUCAUAUAGUGACUUUCGGUUGUGUAUCGGUCUCAGUUGGGAAACAACAAAGCAAACAGGAAGAGUACAAUGACAGGCCAUUACUACUACGAAAGACCCUGUCACAGUGGAUAUUUGAAUUCCUAUGGCUACUCUGGCACUUCUUUGUUGCCCUAUACAUCAUCACUGCGCAGUACGUACAUGCCGGCGUCCUAUUGGAGCACGUAUCGCCCGUCCAUCUAUUCGUCAUAUCCACGCGUCUCAAUCUACUCGGUGCCUUCGACCCCCCGAGCGCUGACGUAUCACGCGGCGAUCCCUAGAAUCGCUCACCACCGCUUAUGGGACGUAUCCGCAUCGCCGAUGGUUUCGACACGAGAGCGUCUGUUACGAUACUCUGCUCUCUACGGUGACGAUGACGAUGUAGAAGCCAUCUUGACUCAGGGACAAAAAUACAACCCUGUCUCAUCGCUGGAAAGUACCUUCUCCAACACUAUACAAGACAUUGAAGACGAUAUACGAAAUUGGCGUUACGCAGCGUCAUCUGUGCUCAACCGUUUUACAACAGGGAAACCGUCAAACGUGGAACUGUCAACGCUGGCCAACCGCUACUCGUCCGACUACGUUAGCGGAAAUAACAAUUAUUGGAGAGGCAGCUCCAGUUCGUACUACCGGCCAACGACGUUGAAGUCUUUUCAAUACUCGAACUUUAAGGCUCCGAUUUACGAUUCGGGUCGCUCCAUGUAUGUCUCCAGUCGUUCAAAGGAUUGGGAUUCAUCGAAAAGCACAUUUGGUGAUACGGAAUCCAGAAACUAUGCAGGACAUUACCCGCAGUCGAAACGCAGCGUUCCGAAAUUCUCCGAAAACGAUAGCAAAAUCAAACGCGAAAUUUCCUAUCUUUCGCAUUAUAUACUGCCAAAAAAUGAGUAGCUUAACUCCCGGAUUGUUAAUUUAAACGCAAAAACAAAAAUAAUACAGCAAGCUUUUUCCUUGGUCGCCCUCAA